AUGGACGUGGACGUGGACGUGGACGUGACGUGGACGUGGACGUGGACGUGGACUUGCGUGGACAUGGACGUGGACGUGGACGUGGACGUGGACGUGGACGUGGACGUGGACGUGGACGUGGACGUGGACGUGGACGUGGACGUGGACGUGGACGUGGACGUGGACGUGGACGUGGACGUGGACGUGGACGUGGACGUGGACGUGGACGUGGACGUGGACGUGGACGUGGACGUGGACGUGGACUUGGACGUGGACGUGGACGUGGACGUGGAGGACGUGGACGUGGACGUGGACGUGGACAUGGACGUGGACGUGGACGUGGACGUGGACGUGUCGUGGACAUGGACGUGGACGUGGACGUG